AUGAAAAUUUCACUAGUUUCAUGGUUUUACUUCACUGUCUACUGUUGGACGUGUCUCGUUGUUCACAUCGUCUCUGACCAAUGCAAUAAGGAUGAAAGAUCACAGCUCUUGCAAUUGAAGAACAAUCUUACAUUUGAACCUGAGAGUUCCAACAAACUAAGCUCAUGGAAUCAAAGAAGUGCUUGUUGUGAGUGGAGAGGUGUAACAUGUGACGAGGAGGGGCGUGUUACUGGUCUUGACCUGAGUGAAGAAUCAAUCGCUGGUGGGUUUGACAAUUCAAGCAGCCUUUUCAGUCUACGCCACCUCCAGAAUUUGAAUUUGUCUUACAACAACUUCAACUCGGAGAUUCCAUCUGCAUUCAACAAGUUAGAGAAUUUAACUACUCUGAGCUUGGCAUAUGCUGGCUUUGUGGGGCAAGUUCCAAUACAGAUUUCUCAACUCACAAAAUUGGUCACUCUUGAUCUUUCAUCACAGGCACAAGAAGUGAAACUUGAGAACCCAAGUCUCCUUGAACUUGUCAGAAACCUCACAAAACUUAGACAACUUUAUCUAGAUGGUGUGAGUGUAUCAGGUGGAGCACAAGAAUGGCAGACUGCUUUGUUGCAAAUUCCAACUCUUGAAGAAUUGAGCAUGCUUAGCUGUUAUCUCUCAGGGCCACUUCUUCCUUCCCUUGCAAGACUUGAGAAUCUAUCAGUCCUUGAUCUUAGUUAUAACAACUUGGCAUGUCCUGUUCCAGAAACAUUUGCCCAUUUCAAAAGUCUUACCUCCUUGAAGCUUACUGAUUGCGAGUUGAUUGGAAUUUUUCCAGAAAAGAUCUUUCAAAUACCAACAUUGUCCUAUAUUGAUAUAUCAGAUAAUUAUGAUCUUUCUGGUUUCUUUCAUCACUUCCUGCCAAAUGGAUCUCUCCACACCAUGUUCGUAAGUGACACAAAUUUCUCUGGUCCACUUCCAAAUUCAAUUGGAAAUUUAAGAAACUUGUCUAAUCUGGAUCUUUCUUCAUCCCAAUUUAGUGGAACACUGCCCAAUUCAUUACAAAAUCUCACCCAACUUGUUGAUCUAGAUCUGUCAGGGAAUCGCCUUUCUGGCUCAGUUCCAGCUUUACAUUUGUGCAAACAACUCCAAAGCAUAUACCUCACUGAUAACACUUUCACAGGUACAAUAUCGCUUGUUAACUUUCAAGAUCUCGUAAAUUUAGAGUACCUAAACUUAGACAGUAAUUUCUUCACUGGAACCAUUCCAUCAUCUAUCUUCACACUACCAUCAUUGCAUUAUCUUCAUCUUUCCAACAAUAAAUUUGAAGGUCAACUCGAUUUCACAAACACCUCGUAUAGUUUACAAUCGCUUGAUUUGAGUGGCAAUCUUUUAGAAGGGUCCUUUCCCAUAUCUUUGUUUGAACUAACGAAUCUUGAAUCUCUUUCAUUGUCUUCCAAUAAUUUCAGUGGCACCAUAGAGGUCAAUUUGCUUGGCAAGCUGGAAAACCUUACCACACUUGAUAUUUCAAACAACACCUUAACAAUAAAUGAUAUAUCCACUCCACUCACUCGGUCUCCAUUAUUUCCUAGUUUGAAAGUCAUAGGCUUAGCUUCUUGCAAGUUGACAAAAUUUCCACAAUUUUUGAAAAAUCAUUCACUAAGAUCUAUUGACCUGUCAAAUAACCAUAUUGCUGGCACUAUACCACACUGGCUUUGGAACAACAAUGCUCUAGAAAAUAUUGAUCUUUCGUAUAACUACCUGACUGACUGGGAGGAACCUAUGUUCAACAAUUUCUCUUUUUUGCCACCUAAAAUUGACAAAUACCUCAGAAAAGCUAGGUUUCUCUCUAUUGCAAACAAUAAUAUCCAAGGGAGCAUCCCAGAAUCAAUAUGCGAUGCUCCUAAUCUUCGUGUGCUUGACCUCUCCAAUAAUUCUCUGACUGGCACAAUUCCAAAAUGCUUGAUUGCUAUGAAUGGAACUAUUAGCAUACUUGAUUUAGGGAGGAACAAACUCAGUGGCACUAUUGACACAUGUCCUGGCUUGUGUUCGCUAAGAACACUACACCUAAAUGGUAAUUCUCUGCAUGGAAAGCUUCCAAAAUAUCUGGCUAAUUGCGCCAUGAUGGAGAUUUUAGACAUUGGAGACAACCAGAUACAUGAUGAGUUCCCUUGUUGGUUCGAGAACAUGACCACCCUACGUGUUCUUAUUUUGAGAUCCAACAAAAUAAAUGGCUCCCUCAAAUGUGAAAGAACCGAGGUAGCAUGGCCACAGCUUCAAAUUUUUGACCUUGCAUCAAACAACUUAGGUGGUAGAAUUCCAUUGGCAUUCUUUGGAAGUUGGAAAGCAAUGAUAGCUGAUGAGAGUGAUCAGAGAAAGCUAGGUCAUCUUCAAUCUGAAGUACUAGAAAUUUAUAGUGUUUUUUAUAAUGACAGAGUUACAGUUACAAGCAAAGGGCAACGAAUGUAUUUAGCAAAGAUCCUAAUCAUCUUCACCGUCAUUGACUUGUCAUGCAACAAAUUUGAGGGACUAAUCCCAGGAGGACUUGGACAACUAAACGCUGUCCACAUACUUAAUCUAUCACACAACACCUUUUCUGGCUCAAUUCCUUCAUCUUUUGGAAACAUGAAAGAUCUUGAAUCCUUAGACCUGUCAAACAACAACUUGAGCGGGUCAAUCCCAACACAAUUAGCACAUUUAUCUUUUCUCUCAUUCUUGAACCUAUCAUGCAAUCAUCUCAUGGGGAGAAUCCCAACAGGUACCCAAAUUCAGUCAUUUCCAGCAGACUCAUUCAGUGACAAUGAUGGGCUGUGUGGACCUCCAUUGUCUGAAAAUUGUAGUGUUGGUGAUGGAAUGCAAGUGACACCAUCUCAAGUAUCAAAUUCCAAUGCUGGCGUGAAAAUUUCCUUUCAUUGGAAUUUUAUAUCAUUUGAGGUAGGAUUCACUUCUGGGGUUGGAAUUAUUGUUUUUCCUCUCUUAUUCCAUAAGCCAUGGAGGAAAUGGUACUGGAAAUGUGUUGAAGACAUACUUUAUCACACCUUCCCUCAGCUGGACUUUGUAUAUGAACGGCAUGGAGGACAAAGUUACAGAACACUACGGUGGAAACCACAGUGA